AUUUAUCUUUCUUAAAUAUUAUUUUACUUUAAAUUAAGAUCAAAUACCAUGUAUUUUUUUUUAAUCUAUACUGUUAUCUAAAGUGUAGUUGUGUUCUAUUUUAUUUUACUUACCAAUAGAAUAAUAUUACAAGUGGAACUGUCUAAAGAUAUUUUUUUUAUUUAAAUAAACAAGAAGCAAAAAGAAUUAAAAUGUCUUCCUUCAGUGAUAAUAGCGAACAUGAAGCUGUCUCUAAUUUUAGGGAAUAUCUUCGUAUACCAUCAGUUCAUCCAGACGUUGAUUACAGCAAGUGUGUAGAAUUUAUAUUGAGACAAGCUCAAAGUCUUGGUUUACCUUCCAACAUCUUCUAUGUGGCACCAGGAAAACCAAUUGUAAUAAUUACUUGGACUGGACAAAAUCCAGAACUCCCAUCAAUUCUUCUUAACUCUCACAUGGAUGUAGUUCCAGUUUAUCCAGAAAAAUGGACUUAUAAGCCUUUUUCAGCUCAUAAAGAUGAAAGUGGGAAUAUUUUUGCAAGAGGAGCUCAAGAUAUGAAAUGUGUGGGAAUACAAUACAUAGAAACAAUUAGGAAAUAUUUAAAAGAAAAAUUAGCCUUUGAUAGGACUAUUCAUAUAUCAUUUGUUCCAGAUGAAGAAAUUGGUGGAGUUCUAGGUAUGGGGACAUUUGUAAAAUCUCCAGAAUUUUCAGCUUUAAAUGUUGGAUUUGCAUUAGAUGAAGGACUUGCAAGUCCAGAUAAUAGUUUUUCAUUGUAUUAUGGGGAACGGACUCUUUGGCAUCUUAAAAUAAAAUGUACGGGGUCUCCUGGACAUGGAUCUUUACUUCAUGAAAAUACAGCAGGUGAAAAGCUACAUUUUAUAAUCAAUAAAUUUAUGAAUUGGAGAGAUAUUGAAAAGUUAAGAUUAAAAAAUAGUGAUCUUGGAAUUGGUGAUGUAACAUCUAUAAAUCUAACUAUGCUAGAAGGAGGUUGUCAAGUAAAUGUUGUGCCACCCGAACUUUGUGUAUAUUUUGAUGUACGACUAGCUAUUGAAGUUAAUAGUGCUAAAAUGGAAAACACAAUUAACCAAUGGUGUAAUGAAGCUGGUGAUGGUGUGACCCUAGAGUUUAUAGAAUGUAAAGGUACACAAGUUCAACCUACCAAGUUAAAUGAAGAAAAUCCUUAUUGGAUUGCAUUUAAAAAACAAUGUGAUACAAUGAAUUUGACUCUUAGAACUUGUAUAUUUCCUGGAGCAACUGAUAGUAGAUACAUUAGAGAGAUUGGUAUUCCAGCAUUAGGAUUUUCACCAAUAAAUAAUACUCCAAUUCUUCUUCAUGAUAAUGAUGAAUUUUUAAAUGAAAACAUAUUUCUUAGAGGAAUUGAGAUUUAUUAUAAUAUAAUUAAAAGUCUUGCUUCAGUUUGAAGUUUUAUUAUAGAUAAAUAAUGAUAUUUUUUGUUUUAUUCUAUUUUACUGUUUUAAAUUUACAUUUAUAAAAUAUUAGUGAUUUAAAUAAAAAUUAUUUUAUGUCAUCACUUAAAAAUGUUGUAUCUAUAUAUAUUUUUAAAUAAUAAAAAAACAAUGAAAUAUUGUUGUAUUAAUUAUAA